CUUCUUUUUUUUUUUUUUAACAAAACACAAAGCCACAUGUGGCUGUCAAACUUUCCAACAAUCAGCUGGGCAGUUUUGGGGAUUUCUUUUUGAAAUCUGAAAAUAGGCAAACAUGCGUAGGAAAGCCAGACCUUUACCCAGGGGGAACACACAGGGAAAUGCUAACAGCAACGCUAAAGCAAAAGAAAAUGCACAUCUGAAGGCGAUAAAACAAACAGGGAGACCAAUUAAAACUCCAACUGGGAAAGGUCUUGGAAAAGCAGGAGCCAAACGUUUGGGCCGACUACUGAAACGAGCCAUCCAGGACCAGGAGGAGUCCACGGGGAAGGUUUCUCUGCCAAAGACCCCUGUUCGUCUUUUCAAGCACCAGAUUCAAACUAAAGCUAAGGAUGCACCCAAGACAAACACCACAAAGCCGGCCUCACCUCAGGUCUCCCAGCUCAUCCUCAGCGUGGUUUCUCAGUGCAAGCACAAAGGCGGCAUGUCUAUGGCUGAGCUCAAGCAGACGCUUGCUGCUGAAGGCUACGAUGUCUCCAAGAACAGCAAACAGGUGAACAUGGUGACCAAAAGGCUGGUUAACAAUGAGACGCUUGUAAGGACAAGAAGACAUGCAUCGUUGAGACUCAACAAUAAGGUGGACACAAAGCAAGUAAAGAUAAGCAGUGUGAAACCCCCGAAACCAAAAGCAGAUCUGAAGCAGAGCAAAACAGCCCGCAAAUCCCCCAAAGGAGCAGGAAAGUCACAGAGGCAAGCUAGAGUGACCCCCAAACCAAAAGGCAAUUCAGCCAAACCGAGAGGCAAGUCACCCAAACUAAAAGGCAAGACUCACAGAACAGCAGCCAAAUCACACAAACUAACAAGCAAGACUCGUAAAGCUGCAGCCAGAUUGCACAAACCAAGAAGGAAGACCCUCAAAGCAAGCAGAAAAUCACCAAAGCCAGCUGUCAAGAGACGCAGAUCUGCAACGAAGCAAGCAGCACGGGUUCAAAAGGCAUCAAGGAAGGCUCAAAGGGUUCAGAGACGUCGACCAAAGCAAAACAGACAUUCGUAUAAAUCCUCCUGGAAAAGACAACCACAACGACGGAGGCUUCCUAAAACAAGAUCAAAAACACGACGGCUUACCAGGAGAAGAACUUACUACUAUUACAAUUAGCAUUUAGAGUAAUUCAUGAUAAGCAGUAAUAAACUUCUCUAGCAACCUGAAA